CAUAUAGGUACUUUUAGAUGUCCUUGGUUCUUCACCACGGCAUCGGCAUCGAAUUCUCCGUCAAACCGUCAUUGCUCUCCAUCUUCAGUUCUUCUUAUUCUCUACCGCGCAGUCAUCAAUUCUCCCUGAUUUCUACACGAACCAUCUCUUGUGUACACGUUAUUUCUCACACUGUCUCAAUCAGGCCUACCUUGUCUAACCACUCUCGCUCCUCCACUUCCCCCCUCCACCUCCCGCACCCACUCUGGACUUCAACCCAGCGUGGCAGCACCAACACCGGCAAGUAAUUCUCACCACUAACCAUCCUACAUCACCGUCGACGCCCUUCGCAGUGGCCUCUCGUGUGGCGCGAAAUCUCUCUCGCAAGCACCUGCACCACCUCGUUGAACCAACCAUACCUGUCUAGGCCCCCAGUCUCUUGACGUCGCAACCAUGCCGAACAGAGGUCCAACUUUGAUAAACUUACCCCCACCUCCCUCCGAUCCUGCAACCCCAAGUGAAAUGGGACCUGGAACCCCCAACUCCACUACCACUUCCCUUUCUGCACUUUCAGUCGUUGCGAUCAAAGAUGGCGCUAUGGGUCAUGGUGGUAGAGGUGCAACUGCUUCGGCAAAUACACUGGAGGCUGAAAGAGCUGAUCGCAUCUCUCGACUCGCGGGACUCGAAAGAGUAGCAACCACCCGACCCGCCCCCUUCGGCUCUGUGGGUGGAGGCCAGGGAAUUCUCUACGGUCAAAGCCCUUACGAUGGGGUUCCUCAGUUCCGAGAGCGAAGCACCGUUGGAAGCGCAAGCGCGACUGGUAGCGUUGGUGGAAGGACAACCUGGGCCAGCGGAAGCAUUGACUAUGAAGGAGACAAGAUGAGCGAAGAUCCAGACGACGGCGUCUCUAGCACAGGCGGCUUCAGCGACGAAGACAAGGCAAGUCUUGUCGGAUUCGGGGAAGGAGCAGGCAGUACCGUCAGUGGCCCAGUGUCCAGCCUUCACAACCCCCGAGCCUCAAUCUCCCGCCAAAGCACCAAUGUCAAUGCCCCUUCCACACCCCGGACUGGCACCUUUCCCACUUUUGGUUCUGGCCAGAGCACCCCCAUGAGUGGUAUUACCCCAAGUGGAUUGGCGGGAAGUACAGACCCCAAGAUGAUGGAUGGCAUCAGUUACGAUCAAAACUUUGUCGACACCACGAUGCAGCCUGCGCCCUUGCUCGAUCCCUCGACCGAAAGAGACCGCAAUUCUGGCUUUGGCACCGAUUCAGGAGAAGAAGUAUUGAGGCGGAGAUUCAGCGAUGGUGGGCAGGUACGCCGCGGCCACUCAACUCCUGAUCAUCCAUAUCUAGGGAGGUUUGGAGGAGAGCGGGAGUAGUGAGACCAAGGUUUGGAGAUUGGCAUCAGCAGGCUGAGAACGGAGCUGGAGUGGUAGAGACAUGGUUUCUCCGUCAUCUCUCCAGGCGUGCGUGAAUCACGUAUGCAUGUAUGAUAUCAGAUGAAUGACGGCGUCAAACGGGAUAUGAUUGGGAUCGGUUUGGGACGAGGACUGGCGUUGACUCGGGCCAAAGGACGAUUCAAGACGGGCGGUUUGAGCUUUAUGGAGUUACGAGGCGACAAAGACUGAUAUGCCAUGAGGAAACUCAAUCAAAGGUGCAAUGAAUUGGGUAGGAUAGAUGAGUGGACAUGAACGCGACAAGUCGAGGCUCUUGUUCCCUCAGGGCCAGGUCCUGUUCUCUUUCCAUGAAGAAUUGUACCUUCAUACAUGUAGACAUUGCCCUCGAGCCUUG